CUUAAGCUUGUGAUCAAUCAAAAUGCUCUGGAACUGCAAUAUUUGAUCUACCUCUAUCAAAAGCCACCCCGCAGUUUCUCAAAUGUCAUAGUGUUUCGUAAGAGCUCAAUGGCUCAACCACUGACUUCAGUCACCACGGCCGGUCUACUCGACCAGAUCAGCAGAAAUUAGAUUAGUGUUUUGGAAGCAUUGGCCUCGUAACUUCUUAGCCGCUCUAAUAAUAAUUGCAGCAAAUGACCACACACCAGCUGACAGUUGAAAGUACGCCGCGUUUUCACAUUGAUCUCUAUAUCUUUGCCAGAGGAGCCGUCUGCACCGAGCUGGUGAUGGGACGGGGAAAAGUUAGGAUAUGGACCCAGUCUGGCGCCUUGAAGACUCCUCCACACAAUCCUGGGAUGUAAAAGAUCCCAAACACGACAUGACCACCAUCUGUGGUGACAGCGUAACAUGAUGAUCCCGAAUGUCCACAACAUAACUUUAUUCAGUGCCAGCAGCGUGAUUGAGCACUCAGGAUGCUUGCUCAGACAUUAGGCAACCGAUACAGAGCGUAACAGGAAACUUUUAAAUAGAUUACAUUAUAUACUGUAUAUAGACACAUUUACAUUCUGUCUCUGUUUUAGACAUCUGAGAAAGAAGCCUUUGUUCCGUCAUCCUGCCCGUGGAUAUUCUCAUUCAUCCAGCUCGUGUUUUAUCCCAAAGGUGCUGUUCAAGUCCAAGUGGCCACAGAACAUCCCCUUUGGGACAUUCCUGCAUUGUUCCCAAGCACUUUCUACCAUUUAUCUCCACCACAGUUAUCUUUAGCUUAUCCAAAUACGUUUCAAAGUGCAAAAACCCACCUUUCAGCGAUUAUAAAAUUCCACCCUAUAAAUAUUUUGUUCUCUCAGUUGUACUAUCACUCCCCUCGUGAUGCUUGUUGGCCCUAGAGUUCAUCCCCGAGGGCUGCGGUGCAAGAGGUCACAAGCCUUGGCUAAUUGUAACACACACAAAGACCUAUGCACAGGUGCAGACGUCAACUCUCCAUUAGACCGUCCUGCAUCGUGGGCAACACUCCGGGGGAUUUGUUUGCGUAUUUGGGCCACGGCUUGAGUGCAUGCCUGGCUUCUAGCUGAAGGUACGACUCUCGCCAGGCUAACAGGCUCAUUGCGAGGUGGAUCUUCUUCUCACAGACAUGAAGCCAAGCUGUUGCACAGAUGCCAGCGGAGGUGCAGCAUUAUGUUGGUGUACAACUAGCUAUACAUAAUAAAGUAUUCCCUUCGACCUCCUACUGUUUACUAGUAGCAUAGUUACUUACAUAGUGUGUGUGUGUGUGUGUGUGUGUGUGUGUGUGUGUGUGUGUGUGUGUGUGUGUGUGUGUGUGUGUGUGUGUGUGUGUGUGUGUGUGUGUGUGUGUGUGUGUGUGUGCCUACUGUAUGUAGGCCAGUGUGCAUGUGGGUCUGCCCUUUGUAGAGCAGUUUGUAAUCAGCUGUCAAAGUGGGCUCUGUCUCCUUCCCAGCAGUUGAGUAAAGCUCCUACAGUAGGUCCACGGGGCACAUCGACCCAUGCGCCAGCAGCAGCAGCAGCAGCAGCAGCGGCGAAGGUGAGGACGGACAGCGAACCUGCACGUCCGCUCUCUGCUGAGUCGUUGUAUUUUAAGAUCCCUGUGGUGGUUUGUGGCUGUGCCUGUUCUCAGAGUCCGGUGUGUGUGUUUGGAAAAGAAGCUAAAGUAAAGAGGUAAGACUUCAAAUGGAUCACUGAUUAAUCUGUACUGUACAUAGUUAUUAAUGCUGUAUUACCCCAAAAUUCUACUGCUAAAACUUUUAAUGUUUGAUUCAAGUGUACAAAAUACACAUAUUUUAUAAUCAGGUGUAAUGCUGUGUGUUACAAAUACAUAAAUGAUAAUAAAUUAAUAAAAUGCAAUAUUCCUGAUUAAAAAUGUCGACAUAGUUUAAUGAAAACUUAAUAAUAAUAAAAACUAUAAACAUCAUAUAGUUUUGACUAAAAAACCAAAGUUUAUAAACUAAUGUACACAAUUGUAUGUAUCUUUGGCAUGACAUUUUAACAUUACCCCAACUCAUAAUAAUCUUUCUGUGGUCAGAUCAACAGUAUAGUAGUAUAGUAAGUAUUUAUUACACUCGUUCAACCCCAAACCGUCAGCCAACCCAAACCAGCAGUAACUGCAAAUCACAACUACCCCAAAGAUUAAAGCAAUUGACUUAAACUUGUGUGUUUUCUUGCAGUUAGAGUCAGAGUAGUGUAGACAUACAUGACAGGGACAUGAUAAUGAUAAUGUAAUGUAAGGGAUGUUUACACUAUAAGGGGCUAUUCAGGGUUGGUUCUGCUGAAACAAACCUACUCCGUGCGAUUUGUUAUCUGAUCGUGUCAUAAAUCAAACGUGUUUAAAGCUGGAGUGAAAGCCCAAGGAUGUCAGCGAGAGGAGGGAGUCUGCAAAUCGUUCCAAUGCUCUGUCGGCGUCUCCUGCAGGGAUUUAAAGCAGAGCACUUCAUUGAAAAUGAAGUCAAAACUCAAACAGACGCACAUACAGCAUGUGUGACGCUCAGGCCAUGUCAAACUGAUCUUUGUUCUCCACGCUGGGCAGCGAUGAUCGAGCUGGGCCUGGCUGACGGGAGCCUGAUCGACGAGCUGAUGGAACUGACGGCUCAAAGCCUCGGGCAGCGGGAGAUCCAGGAGCACUUCAACGUCAUCAAGGAGAUCGGCCGGGGCAAAUACGGCAAAGUGCUGCUGGUGACGCACCGCUUCAGGGGGACGCCCAUGGCCUUGAAAGUGAUGCCCAAAGCCUCCACUAAGCUGCAAGGCUUCCUUCGCGAGUACUGCAUCUCUUUGCACCUUUCCUGCCACCCCUGCAUCGUGGGCCUCUUUGGCAUCGCCUUCCAGUCCCACGAGCACUACUGCUUUGCCCAGGAGCUGGUCAUUGGGAAGGACCUGUUUGCUGUCAUCCAGCCAAAGGUGGGCAUCCCAGAGUCUUCAGUAAAACGCUGUGUCCUCCAGAUCGCCAGCGCUUUGGAGUUCAUCCACAGCCACGGCCUGGUCCACCGCGACGUCAAGCCAGAGAACAUCCUCCUGCUGGACAACCACUGCUGCCAGGUCAAGCUGGCAGACUUCGGCCUGGCCCAGAAGAGAGGCACCCUCAUACGUUUCAUCACGGGCACGCUGCCCUACAUGGCCCCAGAACUGUGCACCAUGGCCCUGCUGGACGGCCAGGAGGAAGUGACGGCCCCUCCCCUGAGCGUGGAGCCCAGCCUGGACACCUGGGCCUUCGGAGUGGUUAUCUUCUGCAUCCUCACCGGUUACUUCCCCUGGGAGCGCUGCUCAGAGUCCGACGACUUCUACCAGGAGUUCGCUGACUGGUGCAAAACGGAGAAGAGGCCUGAGGAGGAGGAGGAGGAGGAGGAGGAGGAGGAGGAGGAGGAGGAGGAGGAGGAGGAGGAGGAGGACGUCCCUCCCCUGUGGAGACGGUUCACUCCCGAAGCCAUGGAGAUGUUUGCUAAGCUCCUGGCGGUGGACGUGGAGAAGAGAUGCACAGUGGGGGAAGUGAGGGCGUACGUGGAGACGGACUGGCUUAAGAAGUCGGAGGGACAAAAGUAGAAAGUGCAAAUAGUGACUUGUCUAAGUUUGUGUUUUAGUCUCUUAGUGUUGAAUAUUUCCGCUAUGUGAGUGUAAUGCAGGAUAUCAUAUCUGGCUAAAUUAUGAACUUUUUUAUAGUAAAACAUGGGCUGUA